ACCGGAGCCAUUCCCUAUCUCACUCUAGACCAAUUAGCAUUAAGAGGGUAAAGUAUCAGGAAGCCACAACAUUUAUACAACUCAGUUACUGAGAUCAAUCUACUGAAGUGAAGUUAAGCAAAAAGCAGCUCCAUCUCCAGUGAACAUGGCCAAACCACUGUCUAUGGACAAACCAGAAUGCUUAAUUGACACAGAGUCAGGUGGGAAGCUGUAUGUCAAGGAGUCAGCACUGCAGAUCCUGCAGAAGAUCGAGCAGCCAGUGGUGGUGGUGGCUGUGGUGGGACUCUACCGCACUGGGAAGUCCUACCUGAUGAACCGCCUCGCAGGACAACAAACAGGGUUUGCAUUGGGCAGCACAAUUGAGUCUAAGACUAAGGGCAUCUGGAUGUGGUGUGUGCCCCACCCCACUAAAGCAGGGACCACUCUGGUGCUGCUGGACACUGAGGGACUCGGAGAUGUGGACAAGGGGGACUCAAAGCAUGACAGCAACAUCUUCUGUCUGGCUGUGUUACUGAGCAGCACUCUGGUCUACAACAGUCGAGGGACGAUUGACAACAGGGCUGUAGAGGAGCUACAAUAUGUCACUGAACUAACAGAGUGCAUCAAGGUCAAAUCAUCAAAUAAUGAUGCUGAUGAUUCGGGCGAGUUUGUGAAGUUCUUCCCUAGUUUCAUCUGGGCUGUGAGGGACUUCACACUGGAGCGAAAGAUUGAUGGCAAUGAUGCAACAGAGGAUGAGUACCUAGAGUUUGCUCUGAAACUGAAACCUGGCACUUCAAAAAAAGUGAUGGAGUACAACCUGCCCAGGGAGUGCAUCCAAAACUACUUCCCCUCCAGAAAGUGCUUCACUUUCCCGUUUCCAACUGCCCCAGAGAAUGUGUCACAUCUUGAAAAGUUGGAUUCUUCUGACAUUUCCUCUGACUUCCUGGAGGUCACAGAAAAUUUCUGCAAGUAUGCCUUUGAGAAGAGUGAAGUGAAAAAGCUGAAAGACGGAAUCACAGUAUCUGGCAGAGUUCUGGGUCAUCUGGCAAAAAAUUAUGUGGACACCAUCUCCAGCGGAGUUGUGCCAUGUCUGGAGAACGCUGUGAUCGCCAUGGCAAAGAUUGAAAAUGAGGCUGCAGUGAAGGACGGGCUUGAAAUUUACCAGAGUGGAAUGGAGAAGCUGAAGGACACCUUCCCGCUAGAACUGAAGGAUGUGUCCUCAGAACACCAACAUCUCAGCAGCACAGCGACACAAACCUUCAUGAAGCGUUCAUUCAGGGACAAUGAUGGGGGGUACCUGAAAACUCUAGAGGAAGAAAUGAAUAAACUCUUUGAUGGAUACCUGCACCUAAACGAGGAGGCUUCAAAGAAAAGAUGUGAGAAUCUCCUGACAACCCUCUCUGCACCAAUGACAGAAAAACUCAAGCAAGGUUUUUAUGCCAUAGCUGGUGGUUAUGUUCUCUUCUCCCAGGACCUUGAAGACAUUGUAAAAAAAUACAAAACCCAAGCCAACAAGGGAGUCAAAGCAGAAGACACACUUGAAGAGUUUCUGAAGCAGAAGUCUGUGGAUUCUAACGCCAUUCUGCAGGCCGACAAAAAACUGACUGAGACAGAGAGAAAGAUUAUGGAGGAAAGAGAGAAAGCUGUUCUCCUGGCUCAAGAAAUAAACACCAAGGAACAGAAACAGCGACAACUAGAGGAGAAGAUGGAAGCAGAGAGAAAGAGUAAUGAAGAGAGGAUGAGGCAGAUGAAGAAGAAGAUGGAUGAGGAGAUAAAACUUCAGAGAGAGGAGGCUGAGCGUGGCAUGGACAGUAAACUGAGGGAGCAGGCUGCUCUGUUGGAGAAGGGCUUUAAUGAGAAGGCAGACAGGAUGACUAAAGAUAUAGAGGAUUUUAAGAGGAAAAACAAGGAAGCAGAAAAGAAAAGUGACAAGCUUUUUAAAAAGGUGAUAGAAAACAUGAACAAAAGACAUGAUGAAACUGUGAAUCUGAUGAUGAGGCAACACAGCGAGCAGAUGAAGACAAUCAUGAGCAUGCAGAGACCAUCAUCCGACUCUUCCGCUCUACUCUUAUGCCUGCUACUUGGUGGUCUCAGUGGCGGCUCAGGCUCAAGCUCAUGCUCAUGCUCAUGUCCCUGUUAAUGCAGCUGUAAGCCAUUUUAGCAUACGCUCUAAAAACUUUUAACUGUGGUGUACUCAAUGUUUAAAGUGUAAAAAUGUUUCAUAAAAAAGAGUACAUUUUAAAUCUGCAAAAUUAUUGAAAUAUACUUUAUGAAUUGAAAAUACUUGCGUAAAAAAUAAAUAAAUAAAGUGGAUCUAAAUAACUACAUUUAGUUAUUACGACAAUGGUGCAAUAGCAAUCCUAGGGUUAAAACCACUAAAGAUAUGAGCAACAGGUUUGAUUAAUUUAACUAAAUAUCUUGAUAUUGAUGAAACUCGCUGACUUUGUAGUCUUGAUGAAACAGCUGCCCAUUUAUUUUGUGAUUGUUGUAUAACCAAUACAUUUUGAAUUGAUUUAAGUUCUUAUAUUUUGAACCCUACUAAUGACAGCCAAAGUUUUAUCCUUAAAGACAUUUAUUAUCAUGAAAACCCCAAAUAGUUAUCUCUUAAAUAUGUUGUUAAUUUCUUUAUUUUAUAUGCAAAUGUUUUCAUCCACAAGCAAAAGUGGCUUAAAUCUCCUUUAUGUUUUCAUCUUUUUCUUGUUGAAUUUUACUCUCGCCUCAUCCCUCAGGCCUAUCAAAAAAAAACAAUUGGCAAUUUUUUGAUCUCAUACUAUGAUGUACGCAAACCCAUGAUAUUCAUGUUUUCUCAUUUUUUGUCAUUAUGAUUGUUCAUUGUUAAAGAUACAGUACAUCUUUCUU